AUGCAUGCAGGCCUCAACAUCGUUCCUGCAACAAUUCCAAUUGGCACCCUGUUCUACCACGGAACUUGGAAAGAAGAAGCACCCUCUGGACCUGAAUGGGUGGCUACCGACCCUGAACACGCGUACCUCUUUUGUCGGGAGAUGCAAGACGACCAAGGAUGCUGGAUGCUCACUUUUGCUGUUACACGGCCCUUGAAGGUUCUGUACUUUGAUGGGAGCAGUGCAGCGAAGAUGCCCGGCGCUAUGGACUCGCAGGAUCUGAUCGUGUGGGGAGAGGUCAAGGACGAAUUCCUCAGGUUGUUCGAUGAGAAGUCGAGGAUUGAGGGACUUUGUGAGUGGGGAAGGAAGUAUGGCCUAGAUGGGUUUUUGAGGAUGGAGCCGGAUUUCGAAGUGAUGGUCUGCGACUUUACUGAUGCCCUUCAAGUCGCGUCUGCUUCUAACCUCAUACCUGGAUGGCGAUUCCCUAAAACCAAGGACCCCAAACCUCCCCCAAGACCGAGAUUCGACUACAACAGUUUCCGCGUCAUCGAGGCCGGCCACUGGCACAACCAUUUCCCUGGGGAGACAAGGGUACAGCUAGACGUGUCCCGUUUAAUCUCGUUCUACGACCGCGAUUUGUUCCCCAGUUUGGCGACGCGUCUCGACUCUGCACCGGCGAAUAGAUGGGGCCAUCGAGUGGGGAACUUGACGGAGGCAGAGUUGAAGACGUUGUUCUCGAGGUUGGACGAGGUGCUCGCUGGGGAGCCGCGGGGAAGUGGGGUGGAUUGGACGAGCAACUACAGGGUCGUGCUUCACCGCUAUGCUGACCGACUCGAAGUCGUGACGUAUCUGGUGAAUGACACCGUUUAUGAAACCACGAUGUCGUUUAGGGAGCGACGCACGAAGGUGCUGGAAGACACGCAUGAGUAUAUUGAGAGCAUGCUCGCUCCGUAUAUUCUCAAUGGCGUUGGACCUGGGAGAGAUGCGAGGCAGAGGAUUUCGCCCCACGAACACAAGUCGCGCUCCUGGGCCCUCCCGGUUUGGAAAAAGUGCGCUACUACUCACACCAAGGGCAUCUCACCUUCCUCACUGAACCGUUCGGAGAGACUAUUGCAUCGAACUGUCAACGAAGUCUUGUACGAGAUAUGCAGGGUCAUUGUGGGGAUUUGGGCUGAGGGAGUGGAGGACUUGGGUCUUGGAAAGACCGUUGGAGGCCUUGAAGGACCAACGCUCGACGAAUACGACACGCAGGAAUUGGAAACUAUAAGGUCUAAAUGGCGGAGACAGGUCGUCACCUUGGUGAAUUGGUUAGAUUGGAGUGUUUGGGUCAAGUGCCAUCCUGCAUGUAGUUUCGAGGAAACGUGUUAUCUCCGGACAUGGCCAUGGCUUCCGAGGUUGAACUUCCCUGCACCACCACCGAAGAAUGACUCUGAUCACGAGCACCAUGAUCUGAGAUCUGCAGUCUGGGGUGAGCUACGAGAGGAGUGGCGGGCUUAUGCAGACGGGGAGGCGCCUGAUGACGAGGACGAGAGGGUCCUACCGAAAUGUAUUCGACGAAUAGAACCCCUAGAAGCACCAUGA